UUUUUUUUUUAUCAAACAAGAUGACUACUAGUAGAAUUAAGAAGGAAUUGGACGAAUUAAGUAAGAACCCACUACCAUAUUGUAGUGCUGGACCUGUUGAGGAUGACCUUUAUCAUUGGCAAGCGUCAAUUAUGGGUCCCACAGAUUCCCCAUACUCAGGUGGUGUAUUUUUCCUUUUAAUUCACUUUCCUACGAAUUAUCCAUUUUAUCCACCAAAGGUGACCUUUACAACAAAAAUCUAUCAUCCGAAUAUUGAUAAAAAUGGAAGUAUAUGUUUGGAUAUUCUAAAAGAAAACUGGUCGCCAGCAUUAACUAUUUCAAAAGUUCUCUUGUCAAUUUUAUCAAUUUUCACAGAUCCAAAUCCAGAUGAUCCACUUGUACAUGAAAUUGCUCAAGUGUAUAAGAAUGAUCGUACUCGUUAUGAGACUACUGUUAGAGAAUGGACUCGCAAAUAUGCUAGUAUGUAACUAUCAGAUCUUUCCCGUCUAAAUUCUAUAUAUUUUUACGAUAAAAAUUUGUUAAAGCAUGAAAAACUCAAUUUAUAAAAUGAAAAAUAAAGUAAGAGAUAUUAU